GGAGGCGAGAACGGAAACGCUCGCUGCUCGCCGCGAGUCUGCGACUGCGAUUUCUUCCGCAGAGGUUCUGGUAAGCCUCGCUCGCUCGUGAGAGAGAGCGAGAGAGAUGGGGCGAAGGAUACUGAACGAUGCGUUGAGGACGAUGGUGAACGCGGAGAGGAGAGGGAAGGCGAUGGUGGAGCUGCGACCCAUUUCCAAUGUGGUCUCUUCUUUUCUGAAGAUCAUGAAGGACCGAGGAUAUGUGAAGAGUUUCCAAGUUCAUGAUCCCCACAGGGUGGGGAGGAUAACUGUUGAACUGCAAGGCCGAAUAAAAGAUUGCAAGGCUCUCACUUACCGGCAAGAUAUCAAGGCUAGAGAUAUUGAGCAGUAUAGAUUGAAAAUACUUCCAACACGUCAGUGGGGUUAUGUUGUUAUUACAACACCUGAUGGCCUUCUGGACCAUGAAGAAGCCACUAGAAGGAACGUGGGAGGCCAAGUGAUUGGUCAUUUUCAUUAACCGUAAUGUGCUCUCCAAAUACAAGACGGAUAAUGCUGUUGGGCUAUAAGGCAACGAUGUACAGUCUGUCUCCCUGCACUGAUGAACUUUAUUCAAGCUUCAAAUUGCUUUUGUUGUAUCAGUUUUAGAUACGACGGGUGGCAAAUGACCAUGGUUUCUCAUUGUCUUAAAGGCAUUUCACCCUUUCUUACAAUUAUUUGAUUGGUUUGACAUUUUUCGUAAGCAGGACUUGGUUCUCGAUUCAGAAGAAGAUUGAUUUUUAUGCAA